AUCUCGAUCGGUAAUACUCGACCAACUCGUUAUGAUGGUCCAAUAAAACCAAACCGGUGUGGCGCAUUUUUGAAUCGGUUUAGUACACCUAAUUUUAUAAAUUCACAACGGCUUACUUUUUAAGGGAUCGAGGACGCGCGAGUGCGUGACCUACCGGCUGUGCCAUCAAACUAAAGUGGCACUACUAGCACUAUGGGCAGGGUGCAGUUGUACCAUCGAACUAAAGUGGCACUAUGGGCAGAGUGCAAUUGCACCAUCGAACAAUAGUGGCACUGUUGGCAGGGUGGCAAUGUGUCAUCUGGUGUAACUUGCGGGCACCUGUCUUUGUCUUCUUUGUUUACGUAUUUGGCAGCAUGUUUAUGGCGUUUAUGCAUUAUUGCGUUGUUGAUAAAGCGUCUGGACUCUGUAGUAGUGUAUCGUGUACACAUACUGUUGUAAAUCGUCCAUGUAAAUAUUUUUUGAAUUGUGCAUCCAGUGUCAACGUCGAUUUUGAAGCGUUUAGUAAUUUUGUUGGAACUGCCAUAAAAAUGUCAGGUGAUCCAGAAGCAUCCAACUCUUUACCUGCAACGAUCAACAUUGAGAAGCCUACGUCUCAGGAAGCUGAUGCCAAUUCCGUUGCCAAUUCCGGGGAUACAGCUACGGUGUCUAAUCAAUACAUUUCUCUACGCGUAAUUAACAGAGAUUUGUUCAACGAAUUAAAAUACCGCUUAAAACCGACCACAUCUUUGGUCCGUUUGAAACGCUCUUACAGCAACAAGUUGGGUACGAAUGUUCAUCGUUUGCGUUUUAUGUUCAAUGGUUAUCGAAUCAUUGAUGACGAUACACCAGAAAAGCUAGGUAUGGUCAAUGGUGAUGACAUUGAAAUUUGCUAUGAAAUAAAUGGUUAUCAUAUGAAACGUAAUAUUUGUAAACAAUAAAGUAAAGGUAAAAACCCUAAUUAAAAAAUUGAUUCUCCUUCAUCUGUUAUUCAUUUAAAUUAAUUUAAUUGAUUAUUCAACAGUAUAUUAAACUAAAACUGAAUUCCCAACCAUCAAAUUAAAGAAUGUAAACUAAAUAAAUGUCAAACACCUUAUAUUUUAUUUUUUAAUAUUUUUCAUGUAUUUAAUAUUUUUUGGA